GCCUUGACCGUUUUUCACACACAGACUCGUGCAACCAGUGGAUAUGAAGCGCACUGCCGCCUCCCGCGACAACGCCGGCGAUGACGCCAAGCGUGCCAAAGUGCUGGACGCACCCAAGGAGCUGGGUGACCCGUAUGUGAUUGGCACCAACAGUGUGGGCCAGCUUGGGCGCGGCCUCGGCUGUGAUCACCGCCGCAAGCCCACCCCGCUCGCCGGCUCCCUCGAGGGCAAGAAGGCCCUUGAUGUGUGCUGCGGUGGCAUGCACACGGUUGUCCUCGGCGAAGAUGGCAAGGUUCACACCUUUGGGUGCAACGACGAAGCUGCACUUGGUCGCGCAGCCAAGGGCGAGGAUGAGAUGACACCUGGUGUUGCCGGCGGCCUGGAGGGCCUCACCAUUGUCAAGGUCACGGCUGGCGACAGUCACACAGCCGUGCUCACGACGGAGGGCGACGUGUACAUGUGCGGCCUCUUCCGCGAUGAUGAUGGUGCAAUUGCCUUUAGCGACUCGAUUGAGCGCCAGGUGACGUUUGCAAAAGUGUUUCCGCCGGCCAACGGUCGCCGCUACCGCCAGCCGCCAACAGCAGCAGACAUUGCAUCCGGCAGCAACCAUCUCAUGAUCCUCACAGACGCCGGCAAGGUGUUUACGCUGGGCAACGGACGGCAGGGCCAGCUCGGCCGCCUCACGGAGCCGCAGACGCAGCGGGACUCGUGCCGGGUCACGCGCGAUACGCCGGAAUGGGUCGUCAAGCGCCGCACUUCAUCCUCCUUCCUCAAGCGAAUCCUCACACCGCAGCCCGUGCCGCGCAUCAAGCAGGUGACGAAGAUUUUCGCCACCACGUGGGGAUCAUACGCCAUCGACGCACAGAACAACGUGUGGGCGUGGGGCCUCAACAACUACUUUCAGCUCGGCAUCAAGCGCGACGAGGAGCAGUCUGCGGACGUGGAGGCGAACUGCGUCUUCCAUCCGCAAAAGGCAGACAACAUCCCGCAGGGCACGAUUGUUGAGGUUGCUGGCGGGCAGCACCACACCCUCUUCCUCAUGGGCGACGGCAAGGUUUACGCGCUUGGUCGCGGGGAGAGCGGUUGUCUUGGACAGGGCAACGAGCAGACCCAGAGCAGCCCCGUCGAGGUGAAGGCCCUCGCUGACAAGAAGAUCACGUCCAUUGGCGCGGGAUCUGUGACGUCCUACGCAAUGGCGGCUGACAAGGCGUUUGCGUGGGGUUUCGGCGAGAACAACCAGCUCACCGCAGCAUCAGAUGAGGACGUGUUGGUCCCCAUGGAGGUGACGGGCAGCAGAAUCGAAGGAAAGCGUCUUGCAAAGAUUGACGGCGGAGACCAGCACGCCGUUAUGCUUGCCGUUUGAUCGCGAACACACGCGCGCACAACGCGACGCCAAGCAACCAUGAUGGUCACACGCUUCCACAUCCAAUCGUCAGAUUGUGAGAUGAAUUGUGAUUGUGAUUGCUUGUUUCUUUCGUGGUGCAGACAUUCACCACAUUUGAGUUUUGUUCGUGUGAUUUUCUUAAGUUGCCGCUGCUUGAGUGGGAAGUAACACACGCAGAGAAAAUAAAGGAGUAACUCAGCAGCAA